AUUCGUGCAAUCUAGUCACAUGACUUACUGUGGUAGUGGUAUAUAUAUAUCCGAGAGAACAGCGCAGAACCAGACACGAACACUGAGAGAAGAGAACAACAGAGAAAAUUUGCUGAAGUUAAACACAGAACAAAGAACCAUGCAGAUCUUUGUGAAAACGCUUACUGGAAAAACCAUCACCCUUGAGGUUGAGCCAUCAGACUCGAUCGAGAAUGUGAAGGCCAAAAUUCAAGACAAAGAAGGUAUUCCCCCAGACCAGCAGCGUCUUAUCUUUGCUGGUAAACAACUGGAAGAUGGCCGUACCCUUUCCGACUACAACAUCCAGAAGGAGUCCACACUCCAUCUUGUGCUCCGUCUGAGAGGAGGAAUGCAAAUCUUUGUAAAAACCCUCACUGGGAAAACCAUCACCCUUGAGGUUGAACCAUCAGACUCAAUUGAGAAUGUGAAGGCUAAAAUUCAGGACAAAGAAGGUAUUCCCCCAGACCAGCAGCGUCUCAUCUUUGCCGGUAAACAGCUGGAAGAUGGGCGCACCCUUUCCGACUACAACAUCCAGAAGGAGUCCACACUCCAUCUUGUGCUCCGUCUGAGAGGAGGAAUGCAAAUCUUUGUGAAAACCCUCACUGGGAAAACCAUCACCCUUGAGGUUGAGCCAUCAGACUCCAUUGAGAAUGUGAAGGCUAAAAUUCAGGACAAAGAAGGUAUUCCCCCAGACCAGCAGCGUCUCAUCUUUGCCGGUAAACAGCUGGAAGAUGGGCGCACCCUUUCCGACUACAACAUCCAGAAGGAGUCCACACUCCAUCUUGUGCUCCGUCUGAGAGGAGGAAUGCAAAUCUUUGUGAAAACCCUCACUGGGAAAACCAUCACCCUUGAGGUUGAGCCAUCGGACUCCAUUGAGAAUGUGAAGGCUAAAAUUCAGGACAAAGAAGGUAUUCCCCCAGACCAGCAGCGUCUUAUCUUUGCCGGUAAACAACUGGAAGAUGGCCGUACCCUUUCCGACUACAACAUCCAGAAGGAGUCCACACUCCAUCUUGUGCUCCGUCUGAGAGGAGGAAUGCAAAUCUUUGUAAAAACCCUCACUGGGAAAACCAUCACCCUUGAGGUUGAACCAUCAGACUCCAUUGAGAAUGUGAAGGCUAAAAUUCAGGACAAAGAAGGUAUUCCCCCAGACCAGCAGCGUCUUAUCUUUGCCGGUAAACAACUGGAAGAUGGCCGUACCCUUUCCGACUACAACAUCCAGAAGGAGUCCACACUCCAUCUUGUGCUCCGUCUGAGAGGAGGAAUGCAAAUUUUUGUAAAAACCCUCACUGGGAAAACCAUCACCCUUGAGGUUGAACCAUCAGACUCCAUUGAGAAUGUGAAGGCUAAAAUUCAGGACAAAGAAGGUAUUCCCCCAGACCAGCAGCGUCUUAUCUUUGCCGGUAAACAACUGGAAGAUGGCCGUACCCUUUCCGACUACAACAUCCAGAAGGAGUCCACACUCCAUCUUGUGCUCCGUCUGAGAGGAGGAAUGCAAAUCUUUGUAAAAACUCUCACUGGGAAAACCAUCACCCUUGAGGUUGAGCCAUCAGACUCCAUUGAGAAUGUGAAGGCUAAAAUUCAGGACAAAGAAGGUAUUCCCCCAGACCAGCAGCGUCUUAUCUUUGCCGGUAAACAACUGGAAGAUGGCCGUACCCUUUCCGACUACAACAUCCAGAAGGAGUCCACACUCCAUCUUGUGCUCCGUCUGAGAGGAGGAAUGCAAAUCUUUGUAAAAACCCUCACUGGGAAAACCAUCACCCUUGAGGUUGAACCAUCAGACUCCAUUGAGAAUGUGAAGGCUAAAAUUCAGGACAAAGAAGGUAUUCCCCCAGACCAGCAGCGUCUUAUCUUUGCUGGUAAACAGCUGGAAGAUGGCCGUACCCUUUCCGACUACAACAUCCAGAAGGAGUCCACACUCCAUCUUGUGCUCCGUCUGAGAGGAGGAAUGCAAAUCUUUGUAAAAACCCUCACUGGGAAAACCAUCACCCUUGAGGUUGAACCAUCAGACUCCAUUGAGAAUGUGAAGGCUAAAAUUCAGGACAAAGAAGGUAUUCCCCCAGACCAGCAGCGUCUUAUCUUUGCUGGUAAACAGCUGGAAGAUGGCCGUACCCUUUCCGACUACAACAUCCAGAAGGAGUCCACACUCCAUCUUGUGCUCCGUCUGAGAGGAGGACAAUAAACUGAAAAUGUGUUCAAGUUUUAACUUUGACAGUUUUAGCUUUAACAUUAAAUGUGCUUUGAUUAGAUGAUACAGACUGGGAAUUUAUUUCAUUGUUCGACAUUUCCAAUAUUGUGAUGAACAUUAUAACAUGUAAUUUCCAUGGAGCCAGUAUUUAGGUCCUAAGCCAGUCAAGUGCACAUUUCUUUUUAAAGUGUAAUGGCCAAAGUGUCGGUGUUAAUUGGAACAAAUAAUCUAAUUGUGUCACUGUAAUUUUGUGUUCAUUAGUGAACCAUUGUCUUUCUGUGAUGUAUGUUUUUAAGUUAUAUAUACUGUCUUAUUAAAAUUGAUGAAAUUAA